AUGGAUUCAGCGUUUGCCAGAGCUAGAUCGAGAUCCAUGCGUUUCACAGUCUCACUCGUAUACAUAUUCUUGUCUUCCAUCACACUUACCACCUUCGCAUCCAUCCACAUCUACGAUCAUGAACCUUUCCAAGAAGUCGGCAAUGCCUACCUCCUCGCCGGUGGCAGCGAAGGCAUCGUCGCUGCAUUCGCCACCGCUUCCCAAGGCAGUUCCAUCCUUGACGGCAAUUCUUACAUCCAAUUUGAGAACAUAACCUUUAGGAGACCCAAAGCUGCAGCCAAGGCACGUGGUUCUGUGCCAGUACACAUCAUAAUUUUUGAGUCUGCUGAUCGAAAUGAUAUUGGUGGUUCUGCUUAUGGUGGACAACGGGCAAUCUGUUGCACUCCUGAUUUAGCUAAGAUGGGAGUUUGUAAGCAAGGAGAGAUUAUUAGGAGACCUUCUGCAACAGACAUUAAUUGGCCAGUUGUUUUAGACGUACAAUUUAAAGGCAAAUCCGUAAUUUCAAGUCUAGUUUCUCAAAAAGUUUCCAUCAAAAAGACUGGAAUGUAUAAUUUGUUUUUUGUAGCUUGUGACCCCAAGCUCAAGGACAUGGUAAUGAGUGGGAAGACAAUAUGGAAAAACCCUGAUGGGUAUUUACCUGGUAGGAUGGCCCCAUUAAAGAAGUUCUAUGUAUUUAUGGCACUGGCUUAUAUCGGUCUUAGCAUCGUUUGGUUUUUUCAGUAUGUGAGAUUUUGGGAUGAUGUACUUCAGCUUCAGCACUGUAUCACAGCUGUCAUUGCUCUUGGAUUGUUUGAGAUGAUUCUCUGGUAUUUUGAGUAUGUCAAUUUCAACAAUAGUGGAAUGAGGCCUAUUGUGCUCACAACGUGGGUUGUCACUGUUGGGGCUAUAAGAAAAACAAUAUCACGGCUUCUCAUUCUCUCUGUUUCAAUGGGUUAUGGUGUUGUGCGACCCACUCUUGGUGGUCUUACGUCAAAGGUUCUUUUACUUGGAAUAACUUACUUUCUAGCGUCAGAAUUGUUGAAUAUUACUGAAUAUGUGGGGACCAUCAAUGAUGUAUCAGGAAGGGCAAGGCUCCUUCUUGUUCUUCCUGAUGCUUUCUUAGAUGCAUUUUUGAUAUUAUGGAUUUUUACAUCACUUUCAAGAACACUGGAGCAGUUACAGGCAAAACGAAGUUCUGUCAAGUUGGAUAUAUAUAGGAAAUUCUCAAAUGCAUUAGCAGUAACAGUGAUCUCCUCAGUUGCUUGGAUAGGUUAUGAGGUAUACUUUAAAGCUACAGAUCCUUUCAAUGAGCGGUGGCAGAGUGCUUGGAUCAUCACUACAUUCUGGGACGUUAUAGCAUUUGCAUUACUCUGUGUUAUAUGCUAUCUCUGGGCCCCAUCCCUAAGUUCACAAAGGUAUGCUUAUUCGGAGAAAGUGGGAGAAGAUUCGGAUGACGAAGAAGCUCAGUCUCUCACUAAGGAAAAACAGGAAGGUCAAGGGGAAUUAAGUUUAGCUCGGCAAGAGAAGAAUGUACGAACUGAUGGAUCCUUUGAUCAAGAUGACGAGUCAGAAGAGGAGGAUAAAAGGGAAUGA